CACGACACUCAUAACUCAUCACAAUAUACCCUAUGCAACAUUGCCUAGCUAUAGACUCUAUAUGAAUAGCACUUGCACGCUUAUAGAGGUAACUGUAGAUACUGCCAAUGCUCCUGGCUGUGUUGCCUGGGGAAAAAAGAAUAGAAGCUCAUGGCGCAGCGAUUGAGGAAAAGGCAACGGGUAUCAUAUACAGAACCCAGCGACGACGAUGAUGUCGUCGAUGCCUACCUGGCCACUCCCAUGGCGAAUAGCACAUCUUCUGGGCGUCUCCAACCUAGCUCACGAAAUCUCGAAACCCCCACACGACCACUAACUAGAUCUCGAACCGAAACAGCUCUGACCGGACAUGGAACUAAGUUAGAAAAGGAGAACUUCGAUGCGGAGACAUCAUUCAGGCCAGAGAAGAGCCAUUUGUCAAAGAAGAGAAAACGGAAGUCUCCAAGCAUUGCCAUACGCACCCGACCUGCAAGCAUCAAACAGGGCGUCUCUCGCAUUCACUCCAGCAAGCCAAAGAAAUCAAAACGGAUGGAGCUGGACCAGCUCAAGCCGCCUCAAGACAAAGGCAACUCAAAUAUGACUGGAUUCCAGCUCGCUGAGUUUCCCUAUGAGAUUAGGGUGGAGAUCUUCAAGCUCGCCGCGUACCCUCUCAUCGACAAGAAAACUUUGCGAGCCACAGACGGGGUGAAAUGGCUUAUCAAUAUGGCAACCAUGUGCAAAAGUUUCAAAGAGCCAGCGCUGACGGCGCUGUAUGAAGACCCCCCUAUUUCCGGAUCGCGCGCAAAACCGCAUCUUCUCGCCGACCUUUUGGUGAAGGACCCGAAUGAGACUGCCGUGGACUAUCGGGCGAAAAUACGAUAUCUCCACCUCGAUGCCAAACAGCACUUGAUUCUCUCCGCUCCCGGACGUGGCCGAUUCCAACUGCCCUCUCUCACCGGGCCGCUCACAAAUCUGACUGGACUGCAUGUGGACUAUCUUCGAACCAUGGUGAACACCACAGGUCUUGGAGUGGUAUUGGAGAGGUGGGUGCAGCCAGCGUUGGAUGAACUGAAAUCCACGUUGAAAGAAUUUACGCUGGACAUCGAUUUGAUAAACCGCGCGGGGUUCUUCAACUUUAUGUUGUGGGCCGAAGGAGCAAGGGCUUUGGGAUCUCUCGAAGAACUGGUUAUCCACAAUGCCAACGCCCAUGUCCUCCUCAGGAGGGACCCUGAAACAGAACCUCCAGAGCGGCAGGUGCACGUGGAAAUCUUGCGGGACUUCAUCCGCCAGCAACCCAAGUUGAAGUCCUUGAGAUUCGUCGAUUCCGCCCUCAUCUGGUAUCCGAAUUCCGUUCAUCAUGAUAUCAACGGCAAACUCCUGACACAGUAUGAAAAGAAUCUCACAUCAGUCGAGUUUUCCUCCUGCACGGAUCUGUCAACCCCCCAUCUCAACCAGUUCUUAAUGGACAAUGGCAGGACUCUGGAGUCCCUCGAACUAUACCACAACAAGGAGUUGGGCCUUGGUUUCAUCCAAGGACUUGAUCGAUACUGCCCCAAACUGAAAAAGUUCUCCAUUGACCUGUUUGAAUACCGCGGAGACCACAUGAUAGGGUCCCCGGACUGGAUUGAUUCCUCAGGACUGGACUGGACUGUCGCAUUCCCGCCGGCCAUCCGCUCGAUCGCGAUGGUAAAUUUGAAAGGCGUAACGACCAUUUCCGCGAUCAAUCUCUUUCAAUCCUUUCUCGAUCGACGGAGCCAGAUGCCCAACCUCCGGGAGCUCGUUCUCCAUAUGAACUGUACGGAACUGACGCCCCGCGAACGAGCGCAGUUCAAGCGGGAUUGGGUCGAGAACAAAAUGCGGCACAGUUUCCUUUCUCGCGCCGAACCACGUCAAGAGCUGAGGUCGGUGGCCGGUUUUUACGCAUGGAAAGAGCAACAGUUCCUACGAGGGCCGCUCGAGGAGAUGGGAGAGAUGUUGUCGAAGCGGAAAUUGAGGCCGAUGACGGCCGUCAAUGGGCAGCCUGCCGCAGCAAAUGACGACCAAGCGGAAGGGACAUGCACACGCGUCGAUAUCACGGUCCACGGUCUGCGGCCCGCGCGACAUCAGUACACUGAACGGGAUUUCCUUUCGGAAGGUGAAGAUGACGACGGAGACUGGAACGGACAGGACAUCGAUGACGAUGGUUACGCAUGGUAGGAAUGGAAGUGCCGUGUACGAUAAGCGAGUUUUCCAUUUAGAAGGCCAGCUUACUCGUGUUCGUUUUUUUAGUUUCUGCAUUGCAAUCGUCGUUCGGGGGGUUCGGCGUAUCUGCUUUUGAGGUUCGAGAGAGGGCUAGACUUAGGUCUACAAUGGGACUUGGGCAUUGACACUUGAGUAUAUGGCUGGAGAGUUUCAAAUGAGACUCAGGCCCAGUGAUGGGAUCUAGGUACUCCAAUAUAUGGGCUAGGGAGUUUGAACUCACUUUGAAGUGAAACUCAGGCCAGGCGAUGGGACCUGGACACUCGGGCUUAGGCCGGAGAUUUUGAAAUUAAACUUUGGUGAGCCGGGAUGGACGCUCACAUGUAUCAUAGAGUGGACAUGUGUAUAUACAUUACAGAAGGGCUACAAAGGAUCGAUUCAUGACC